CAGUUGGCGACGGGAACAGCGAAAAUGGCCUCGACCCUGCCGGUGUGUAUGAAUAUUUGGAGAAGAUGACGACGAUGUGCCCUAUAACUUAUUUGAACACCAAAGUGUCUUCAGUAAACACGUAAAUAUUGUUUGGAGUGACUAACAAAUUGUGACUACCAGCGAAAAAGAGGAAACGAAAGACCACACAGCAUCGGCAUUUUCAUUUUGUGUGGCUGGUGGUGGCGCUAACUAACGUUAGCUAUGGAGGAUAUCAACUCAAACAUCAACGCGGACUUGGAGGUGCGGAAGCUGCAGGACUUGGUAAAGAAACUCGAACAACAAAACGAGCAGCUCCGUAGUCGGUCUUCGGCUGGAGCAGUAUCAGGGAACCAUAGACCCCUUAGUGCAGGGUACGACUCGCGCUUAUCAGCCGCCUCAGCGGCGGGGUUGGCCGGUUUCUCUGGGGUGGGGUUCGGCAGAACGGGCUAUGGAGGGCUUUUGGAAAACUCCCGUUGUUUGAGCCCCAGACUGUCAUAUGAUGGCAUCAGUUUCAGGAAAGCAUAUGAUGGCGAGGGGGCAUCGGCUGCCACCUCUUUCACUGGCACCAAUUCCUAUUUUACAGACGCAGGGGAAACACUGGGUUUUAUGGAUGAAGGGGAAACUUCUAUCUUGGAUGAAGUAGAAAUCCUCGAUCUCGAAGACAUGGAUUGUCUUAACGAAGAUGAAGACAGCUGGCUGUAUGAGGCGAAGCUCAACAGCCCAUUGCAGAAAGCCUUGAGUCCCAUUGUGUGGUGUCGCCAGGCCCUGGACAAUCCCAGUCCUGACAUGGAGUCAGCCAAGCGCUCCCUCAUCCACAGACUGGACGUCACCAUGUCAGCAAACAAGCGUAGGAGCCUGUAUGGAAGUCCCUACAGUCCCCAGGUGAACUACGGAAGCCCAUACUGCACAAACACAGCUAACAGCCCCUACAGUAGUGGCUUCAACUCCCCCUCCUCCACCCCCAGCAGGGUUCCCCUCGUCAGACAGCAGCUGAUGCCCCCCGUCAACCAAGCUCACCCGCAGCAGCGUGGUGGCUCAGUAGAGAGAGAAAGGAACCCGCCGGCGGUCAGCCCUCAGUCUUCAAUAGACAGUGAGCUGAGCACCUCAGAGAUGGACGAGGACUCUGUAGGAUCCUCCACCACAUACAAACUCAACGAUGUCACUGAUGUACAAAUCCUGGCUCGCAUGCAGGAGGAGAGUCUUCGACAGGACUAUGCAGCCACAGCGUCCAGACGUAGCUCUGGUUCGUCCUGCCACUCUCUGAGACGCAGCACCUUCAGUGACCAGGAGCUGGACGCCCACAGUCUAGAGGACGAUGAAGAGGCUGUACACCCCGCCUUUCACCUCCCCUCAAACCGCUUCUCCCCCUCCCCCAGACACUCCCCUCACGCCUCCCCCAGAAACUCUCCCCGCUCCCGAUCCCCCGCACGCUCCCUGGAGUACAGCCGAGGCUCCCCGCAGCCAAUCAUCAGCCGGCUGCAGGCACCACGUCACUCCCUGCAAAACCACGCCCCCCAAGACCUGCAGACCAACGUGGUGAAGAACGAAGAGAAGCUGAGGCGUAGUCUUCCUAACCUGACCCGCUCCAACAUAGCCCAGCAGGGCCCAGAGCCCGUCAAGAACAGCAGGAGCUUUGAGUCCAACCUGCAAGUGCCAAACGGAGGCUCACCCAGACACCAGGCAGUCAGUCAGUCUGCCAUAGCCCAGCACUCCUCCACUCCACUCCACUCUCGGUACUCGACUCCCCCUCGCUCCUCCCAAACAGGAAUUCCCCCUCGAUCCUUACAGUCCCCGAAACCCAAACAGCACCUCCAAAGCCCUUCUUCCCUCCGAGGUAACAGCCUGCCGGUGCCUGGGAUCAUCCACCUUACGAUCCCUUCUCCCAGUAAGCUGCGAACCCCGGCCACUCCGUCUCCCCUGGCCCUGAGGCAGCCUGUGAAGGCCACAUCUACCCCUGGCUCUGGAGCCUCUACCCCCACACGCUCCCUGGGCCCAGCACGCAGCGGCCUUCCCCGGCCCAGUGCAGGAGGGGGUGGAGGAGGAGGCAGCAUCCCCGUGCCUCGCAGCAAACUGGCCCAGCCAGUACGCAGGUCUCUACCUGCCCCUCGGACCUACAAUGGUGGAAGGGAAGGGGAGAACUGGAGAGAGGGCUGCUACUGAGGCUGGCCUGGUCAGCAGGGGGGAUCAGCACAAAGAGGCAGACAAACAUUACAAUGCGGCACUUUAUCAACCAAGAUUACUUUUACCAUGAAUCAAGGAAGAAACUAUAUCAAAAGACACAAAGUCAAAUUCGUCUUACUAUCAUGAGGAACAUGAUCUGAACAUGGUGUGUGUCUGUGCGGAGAGGAUCUGAAGUGGCCAGGCAGAAGCCGAUAGAGAAUGCCAAAGAAACCAGCCAAGCUCCAGCAUCCCGGCGCCACCAGAGGGCACUUUUAUCUGCCUCAGUGUGUCUGUUCAGCAAUCAGUCAAUAAAUCUUCACACAAUGCUUCUCUCCUUCUCCUCUCCUUCCCUCGUCUCCCUCUAUUUUUUCACCUCCCUCAGGUUGAAGUGUUUGUACACAUUUCUCUUUUUGCAGUCUGUUCUCAACAGAUGCCUUUGUCAGAGAUCUCUAUGAUGAUGCUGUGCAGGUAAAAUGUUCCCUUAAUGUUAAAGAAUUGUGAACGUUUUACGAAGUGUUGUCAAAAAUCAUAGUUUUUUCCUCUUGUGAAUCAACUAGAAUGUAUUGAAAGGUUUGUGACAUUAUUUAUUCAAAUCAUUAUUUAAAGAGUUCAUUUUCCAAAUAUCCAUAUUCAGUAUUUGUUUUCUAUUGAUUUGAAUCAUAAAAAAAAAAAAAUGUUUAUUUUAUUUUGAACCUCUACUGCAAAGCUAAUUCUCCAAAGUAUUUUUAGAUGGUUUCAUAACAGGACAUUUGAGUGUUGAUGUUUUUAUGUUGAGAACACACAUGUAACUGGUAGAAACAGGCUAAAGCCCCACCCCAGACCUAACCAUAACUAUGGUUUAACCUGUAUCGACUAUCACAUCUGUUCCAGGGCUGGCUAUUCAUGUUGGGCUGGCUAGUCAUGUUGGGCUGGCUAGUCAUGUUGGGCUGGCUAUUCAUGUUGGGCUGGCUAGUCAUGUUGGGCUGGCUAUUCAUGUUGGGCUGGCUAUUCAUGUUGGGCUGGCUAGUCAUGUUUGGCUGGCUAGUCAUGUUGGGCUGGCUAGUCAUGUUGGGCUGGCUAUUCAUGUUGGGCUGGCUAGUCAUGUUUGGCUGGCUAGUCAUGUUGGGCUGGCUAUUCAUGUUGGGCUGGCUAGUCAUGUUGUGCUGGCUAUUCAUGUUGAGCUGCGCAGUCGUCACAAUCUCAAUCCAGAUCUACUUCUGGUUUGGUUAGUUAGUUCCAUCUGCUUUCCACCAUUAGAUUAAUAUGCAGUUGCAACAUCCAGACAGUAUAGUCAGAGACAUGUAAUCCCUCUAAAACAUAUGUAAAAUCCAGCCCUUGUAGCCAUGAGAUACGAGCAUGCAGCAAAGGCUUGAUGUAGUUAAUUUAAAACCUGCAACAAUAUUGUCAGUGUAUGUUAUGUCAAGACAGGGAAUAAAUGAUCCUGACAAAUAAGAUUAUAAUGGAAAAGUUCAAUAGGUCAGUGGCCAUUGCCACUUGUGCUUUAAAAUAAAUCAAAGAGGAGUGCAGAGAUUCAUAGGGAUGGUAUUAGUGUGCCAUAAAUUAAUGAACUAGUGCCUAUUAAUUUCAAGUUUCACUUUAUUUUGAAUGUGCUUUUUAUUUGUUCAUUUAUCAUUAUGUGCCAAUGUCAUGGUUUGCUAAUAUAAGUUGUCUUUGCAUUUCUGCUUGAUUUUGUUUGGGCUAAUAUACUUUUGUUAAUUUUGUAAUUGUAUCAACAAUACAUUUAUAAUUGAUUUUGGAAAAAGUAUAUGCCCCUUGAUAUAACUAAUUACUCUCAUUCUUUAAAUGAAACUAUUUAUUUAAGAGAGAGGUGCCUCUGUAUGUCAAGGUUUGGAUUUAGUGGAAAGCUUGGGCUAUUGUUGCGAAGACAUGCCACACCAUUUUGUGUGAUUAGUUUUUCUUAAUGAUUUUUUUUUAUAUAUCCACCUAAAUGACAUUCAGUUUCCCUGUGUAAACUCACAUUUCAAGUAAAGAAGUUGAGAAACUG